CGAGAGCGAUAAAAAGCGCCCACCGGACGCAUUGAAACAUCAUUGACAGAUUACAUUUCCGCCGGCAGAAUUAUGUUCAAGUCGAUCUAUUUACCGGUGAUAGUUAGCGGUGGCGUUCUCCUUCUGUUUAACGCUGUCAAAGCUCAACAAAUUUCCGUUCGGCCUAGUAAUGUUCAGCUGCAGCAGAUUCAAUACCCACCUAUACCGUUUGAAUACGCUUACACUUCAGAUGACCCCGAAGGAUCACACAGUGCUCAGUCCAGCGGCGACGGAAACGGACGGAUGACCGGCUCGUAUAGCAUCUCGUUGGCGGAUGGUCGGACACGUACCGUUAACUACGUAGCCGACGAAAAUGGCUAUCGCGCCGAGGUGACCACAAACGAACUCGGUACUGAAUCGAAAAAUCCCGCAGACGUCGUGUUCACCUCGUCCGCUAUUACGGGUCAUGAAGCUGCCAUUUUAUAUGGGCCAAAAAGACAGGAGCUCGAUACCCAACAACGUAUUUCCACCAUAGCCACAGCUCCCAUUACUGGUACAUUGUCACGACCAGCCGUUUCUCGACCUCUACAGCAGGGGGGUCUGUCGUUCCAGGGUGGGGUGAAUGUUCCAACCUACGGCACAUUUGCGGGUGUGCCCCAAUAGGUGGCCUCCCGUUAUCUCGAGUGAUUAGGCUUUCUCGGGUCCGGUCACACCAAUUCGUCUGUCUAACUGCUACUGAUUAAUGCAAUCUGCACGACAAAAAAGCUUGCUAUUUGGCGGAAAUUAAAUACUUACCUCUAAACCAAGUGAAAUUAAUAACUAAAUGAAAUUAAUAAAUAAAUUACAACAUUUC